UCGAUGAAAGUCUGCCGAAUAUUGGCCAACUUGCAUACCUUCCACAAUUUCUUCAUUUCCAACAGAGACUUGCUGGAGUCUCUUGUGACUGUGUCCUCAUGAAACCUGUGUUCUCUGGGAUCUGAUGAGUCUCUUGUGACUGUGUCCUUAUGAAACCUCUCCUGGCUUCUCUUGCUGGCGCAUCUAUAGAUGGCUCUGUCCUGUCACAGGUCCAGUGCAUGCUCCAGGUGCUCGUGUGCUAUCACCAUGGGUGGCAGGGCAGGCUGGUGGAGCUCUGCAUCAGCCUCAGUUGGAGUUUUAGCCAUCUGCUAUUGCCAAAUGUGGGUUCUUGUGAAUGACCACUGACCCUAAAUGUUAGCCCCACUGUGCAGUUCCCCAUAGCAUCCUGACCCAGCAUAGCGUCACAGUGGUUAAAAGCAAGUGUAAAAAUGCCAUAGACAUCAGCACUCUUCUGGCUGAUCUGCAGAGCCAAGCACAGAGGUUUAGUGAGUAUUGAUUCUGCUGCAGAGACAAAUAGGUGUCUCUUGAAAUGCACCUUUGCAGUUGUUUGUGGGUCCUUCAACUACUGCUGCCACCAUGAUGUUUUAAAAGAGAAAGCAACUCCUGGAAUAAACAGCCUGCUGCAAUGGUGUGUUGAGAGUGUGCUGCCAGGGCAGCCCUUGCUGGGGCUGUGGGUGAAUGCCCUUGGAGCCAGCAGCUCUGUGGGAGGAGGCAGAGGCUGGCUGCUGGGGAGCUGUGCUGGAAAUGAACAGGGUGAAGCAGUGAGGGCUUGGGGAGCUGCUGGGCAGAGGGGGGACACACAUGUAGGCUUAACAGCCUGCAUGGGAGGGAGCCAAAACUGAGAGCCCCAUAGCAGCUGAAGCCUGGUUAAUUCCUGUUUCAGUUUUUCUGGUCAUUUUUUGAAGUGUCAUACGUGCCUUCAUGGUUUGUGAAUGGGAAUUAGAUUAAAAGAAUGGUUUGGGUCUCUUUGACUUUAUUUUUUUGUUUGUGUAUCUUUUCUUUUUCUUAGCAUUCCAAAUAAUCAGAGGACUAGGGUAAAGGCUUUUAUUGGUCUUAUUCCCCUGUUGCUAUCUUUGGCAAAAAGUCAUUACAAAGAUAACAUUUUUGAUCUGAGCAUCAAAUCAUUGUGCAUCUUUUUCACAUGCCUCUUGAACUCUUCCAGUUAUGUUUUUAACCCCUGUAUAACUGCCUCUCCUGCCUUCUUCAUUAAGUACAUAGUUUCCUGGUUUCAAGGAGUAUGGCUGAGAAACUUGGAAUAUUCCACAGUAUUUUAAAGAAACACAGUUUAUAAAAAUUGAUGAGCUUCUUAGGUGAUGUAAUCUAAAAAGAAAGACUUAAUAAAACAGCCUUCUUUUAUCAAAACACAAAACUUCAUGUUGACUGAACAUUGAAUCAAAGAGUAAAAUGUCGCUAUUCCUGCACUUCUUUUUUAUUUCCAGCCAUAUAUAGCUUUGAAAAUAUUAUUUUUACAGCACUGAAGUUUACUUCUAGCACAGAGCAACUCUUUAUGAGCAAUUUUCACUGGCAGAUGAAGAAAGCUGUGACGUAGCUAUUUACAUAUUGCCAGUAAAUAUGGUCUUGCAGUGUUACCACAUUGAGAUCUUGUUCCGUUAGUAAAAUUUUAUAUAGUAGCAAAUAUAAUUUUUGUACUGAAGUAAGUACAAUAGCUAGAAAGUGUUUAUAGACAGCCUUUCAUAUCAUGCUCUUGGACUGUGCCUGAUAUUAUGUGGGGCUGGUGAUAAGAGCAAAGAAUUAGGAAAAAUGCCAGUGUGGGCACAGUGGAAUUCGUUAUUGCAGUGGGGUUCAAGAUCUUGCUAGUGUAAUGUUUAUGUGUAUGGUUUAUGUGUAACUUAAUCAAACAUCUUAGAAAUGCAUUGUAGUUUGUAUAUGCAUAAUGCAUAUGAUAUUUUUGUAAUAUCAGUCAUGAAAAAUGUACUGUAUCUCAAGAGAGAGCUGGCGCCACAACUGGUUUUUCCGAUAGUCAGGCUGUGUAUUUCCAUCUUGUCACUGAUGUUUGAAAACCUUUUGGUCAAUGUAGAGCUUAGGUGAUUAUAUGAACCAUGUGGGAGCAGGAAACAUCUGAAGAGUGUUUUUUUUCUGUUUGUGCUAAACAGAGUGAAGAUUAAUUGAAGUGUACUACCAAGGAAGACUAAACAAGCGUCUGUAUCUUUUUUCAUUAUUAUUUACCUGAUGUAAAAGCUCCCAGCAUCUUUCGAAUACACAAUGUUCUCUUGGAUCAUAACAUUCCUUUGUUUUGUGGACUUAUUUAUAGAAUAAGCAUAAGUAAGCAUGUACGACUUGGUUGUGUUAGUUCCCCUUGCAUCUGAGUAGUCUUUGCUCGUGGUAAGUAUUUCUCAAACGACUUAAGUUGUUUUGUAUAAUGGCAAAAAUUUCCUUGGCAUUUGCACCGUAGCCUCGUGAAAGCUUAGUUAGGACUUUAUGUGCCAAUGCACACAGAAGCCCUCUGAUCAUCUGGGUGUCCGCCCACGGGUAAAUGUAAAGGACAGAGGGGGUCCUGUUGACUUCUGUAGGGCUGCUGUGCACUGAAAGCAUGUGUGUGGUGCCUCUCUGAUCUGAGGUCCACGUUGUAGCCCGUGCAGUAAUGCACAAAAGCUGAGAUCUGCUCUGCAUGGUGCUGGCAAUGUGUACAUUGAAAACAAGAAUUCCUGCUGGCUGAACAAACGUCUUCGUUUUAUUGUCUCCUUAAAGCAGACCUAGCAAACUGCAAGUGGUGAGCUUCUCAAAGGGCACACCUAAACAGAUCCUGCUUUUCAGAGAUGGAGACAAACCCCCUCAUAGGUGAAUCACCCAGCAAAACAACAACACCACCGCAAAACCCCAGCCAGGGAUUUGAUGGUGACGCACCCAGACAAGCAGCAGUCGCAGACGGUGAUGCUGCGGGCUGCAAGGUGUGCUCGGCCGGGCCGUGGUUCCGCGGGUGCCUCGGCAGCCCUGCGCUCCCCGGGCAGCCCUGCGCUCCCUCGGCAGCGCUGUGCUCGGCGAAGGGCUAUAAUUAGAUUAGCAGCCUGCUCAGCAGCGGUGCCAGCCUGCGAGCCUCAGCGAGCAUGUGCUGGAUUCUGCAUGUGCCUCCCGCUUAUUGGCGGCCGGGGUUGCUGCCUGCCGGUUUGAUAGGUUUCCCCAGUAAUCUUUAUGCUGCAUUACAGACAUAGAUACAGAGAGGUACUGCGUGCAUGCAACGGGAGAGGUGCUCAGCUUGUAGCGUAAAAGAAAGCCCACAGAUGAAAGGCACUGGUCUUUGUUGCAAAGCGUCAGUACUUAAGGACUGCUAGCCUGGGAGUGGAGAGAAUUCUCUGGAGCGUUACAUUCUCCUGUUUGGAGUGUGGACAAGAGUUUGGCAUUCUGCUUUUACAGAUCGCUGCCGCUCGCUCCUGGAGCGCAGGGGGGACGGCCAGACUCCCGCAUCUUUCAGCAAGAAGAAAGGAGCCAGCGGAGCGGACUAAUACGGACUUGUGUCGGGUGCCCUUGCCCUACAAAGGCUGCCUUUAAAAGAGGAACGCAGUGCUAUUUAAUGAGCUGUGAGAUGAGGCACUGCUGCUAACGCUCAAAUCCCAGGAUUCAUCGGCUAUUCAUUGUGCUUAAUGUACAUGUUUCUGCACCGUGCAUUUAGGAGAUCCCAGAGAAGAAUCCAAAACGGCUGCGGGGGAAAGACCACCAAACAUGCCUACAGAAACAUUACCGACAGGUAGCAUGGUGAAGCCGGUCAGCCCUGCCGUGACUUUCACAUCUGCCGUUCCUCUCCGCAUCCUGAACAAAGGACCUGACUAUUUUCGCAGGCAGGCGGAGCCUAAUCCAAAAAGACUGAGUGCAGUGGAGAGGCUCGAAGCCGACAAGGCGAAAUAUGUCAAGAGCCAGGAGGUCAUCAAUGCCAAGCAGGAGCCUGUGAAGCCAGCGGUGCUGGCAAAGCCGCCGGUCUGUCCUGCGGCCAAGAGAGCGCUGGGGAGCCCCACCUUGAAAGUCUUCAGCAACAAUGCAAAGACUGAGAGUGGAGUCCAGAGGGAAAAUCUGAAACUCGAGAUUUUGAAGAACAUCAUCAACAGCUCUGAAGGCUCCAGCUCAGGCUCAGGGCAUAAGCACGGUCCCCGAAAUUGGCCACCCCACAGGGCCGAUUCGACAGAGCUGAACCGACACUCGUUCGCCGAAUCCUUGAAGGUUUACCCCACACAGGGCCGGAGCAGCCCCCAGGAGAGCAGCUCCAAUGUCAGCAGAAGGCUCCUAGAUCAGUCAGCAGAGACUUUCUUGCAUGUCUCUCACAGCUCUUCAGACAUUAGGAAAGUAACUAGUGCAAAGCCCUUAAAAGCAAUACCCUGCAGUAGUUCAGCCCCACCUCUGCCUCCAAAGCCCAAAAUCGCUGCCAUUGCCACCUUGAAAUCCCCAGAGAUUGAGGCGGUGGAGUCUGGAUGCGGAGUUAGUAGAAGACCCUCCCUACAGCGGUCAAAAUCAGACUUAAGCGACAGAUACUUUCGUGUUGACGCAGACGUUGAACGAUUCUUUAACUACUGCGGACUGGAUCCUGAAGAGCUUGAAAACCUUGGGAUGGAAAACUUUGCAAGGGCUAACUCUGAUAUUAUAUCCCUCAACUUUCGCAGUGCAAGCAUGAUUAGCUCAGACUGUGAACAGUCUCAGGACAGCAACAGUGACCUUAGAAAUGAUGACAGUGCCAAUGACCGUGUGCCAUACGGCAUUUCUGCCAUUGAAAGGAAUGCCAGAAUCAUCAAGUGGUUGUAUAGCAUCAAGCAAGCUAGAGAGUCACAGAAAGUGUCCCAUGUGUGAGAGAGAAAUCCACCAUAGAAAGAAGCAAGGACUGUAUCUUUGUCUGUGAAUAUUCAGUUUGUGAAGGGUUGUGAAGUCUACUUGAAGUCUUGUACCCUUCUCAAAUCUCUUUGUGUUGCUUGUUGUGCAAUGUUUCCAAGUUGCAUGCCUGUCAACAUGUGAGCUGACCUGGCUUCCACUUGAACAGUAACUAACUACAAAGCCUGGCUGAGCAUACACAUUAUCUGCCAAAAGUUUAAGACAAGAAUCUGAUUAGGGCUUCAGUAUAAUCCAAGUGUUUACAUGGAAAGGUUAUAUGACUUCUUUGGUAUUUAUGUGGUUCCUCGUGGAUUUUAUAUAUGUCACUUUUUGUCUUAAUACAGAUAUUGUCAACUGACUUUACUCGUUUCCAAGUUGAAACAGAAUCCCUUUGGGGGGAAGAAAAGUGGAAUUGGCUCAAAUACGAGGUUUAGGCAUACAACGAUAGGCAAAGCAGCCUUAUCUUUUGUAGAAAGUGCAUUAUUGGCACACAAAAGCUGUUUCUAAAAGGCAAAGAAUGCUAUGUUCUUAAAUUAUGUAUCGUUGUUAAGCUAUAUAUCCCUACUUGUAGUAAGGCACUGUUCAGUGAAAGUUUAUUUUUCCUAGGUAAGCUCCCUCUGUUUUACAGCAGAGGUAGUCUAGUGAAUCUGCUUGACCUCUGAUAAACUAAAUGAGACUUGCACUUGGGUUGGUGUAAGCAUUUUAAUGAUUUUGUAUUAUGCCAGUUGGAAAAACUUAAAGAAGGUUGGAGUCAACAGAUGAAAAUGGUGCAGGUGCAGGAUUUUGUGGGUUUGAUUUUUACUCAAAGAUUCCUGGUCUUAAACUUUUGACAGGAAUAAUUAGAUCCUAUAGCUGAUAUUGAAUGCCUUUAUUAGUCAAAACACAUCAUGACUACAAAUUCCAUGCUGUCUUAAUUUUUUUUGUAGACCUAUUUGAAGAGUUAGUGAACAAAAAUGGAAACACACAGCCAUAUCAAUAUAACGCCUCCUAUUCAGAAGUAAAUACGCUCAGUAGCUGAACUAUAUCUGAAAAAAUGUGAUUAUGUUGUCUUGCAUAUGUUAUAUCUAAGGCUGUGAAAGUUUGUUCCAGCUCUAGGAAAGUGUAGAAACAUGACAGUAUGUAGCUUUUCUUUUCUCUUUUUUUUUCCUCCUUAAGACGGUUAGUGCUGCGAAUCAACCUGUUACAAAUCUUUCAACAAUCUGUCUUCCCAGUGGUUUAAUUAACUGUCACUUCAACUGACAGUGGUGGUGUGGUAGUGGAGGAGUUGAAAGUACAGUGGUCUGCUUCAUUAUUAUUGUAUUCAAGCUUUGAAGUAAAUUGCAGCACUACCUUAUACUACAUCAGCUAAUAGGAAACUUUUUUAUUGUGUAAAUGCUGUAAGACUUUGUAUAUACUUCAGUUGUUACAAAAUCUUUAAAAGGAAGAGUGUUAUGCUAAUAAAAGCUCCUGGUGCAGGUAUGGUAGGGGUUUUUUGUUCUUAUUUUCACCCCUCCCAUCCUUAAAACUGUAUCAGGAACUCAAUUGCAGUGUGUUUUAGUGCUGUAGAAGGUCUUGGUUAAAUAAUAGUUCCAGUAAAAGGUUUCUUUUACUAAAGUGCUUUUCAGAAUAUAAUUUUUUAUAAAAUAACUAUAGCAGCAUGAUCUGUCUGGAGAACUAGAAGAGAUUUUCAAGACUCCUAAAAUAGCUUGCUUCUUCCUUACCUAGCAAUGUUACUGUUCCCGUUUAUAGCAUCUGUUCGUAAUGAAUCACCGCAGUCUUCUGAAUUAUUCUUCAGUAGUGCUUAUUUAUAUAUUUGAAUAUUAAAGAUGUUUUACAAAGUCGGGUUCUCUCUUUUCUCUGAGAAGCCUGUAGCCCAGCUUAUAACAGAUAGCUAUAGUUAAUGCAGGCAAGACUGGAAGUGGAGCCAUGCAGUCAUUUGUUUCCUAUGGAAUUAUCCUACAUCCAGUUUUAUAUAAUUGUUCUCUAAAUGUUUGUUUAUGGAGGGAGGGAAGCACACAUUCAGUUUCAGCACACAUUCAGCUUCAGGAGGCUACUCUGUGAUUUUUACAGUUGACUUCACAACCUAAGACUUACAACAUUCCUAGCUCAG